AUGGCGUCCACCGAGGCCGCGCAGGCUCCAGUUGUUGUAGUAUGCGUGGGAAUGGCGGGAUCUGGCAAGACGACUUUCAUGCAGAGAAUCAAUGCCCAUCUCCACGAACAACACAAGGAAAACUCAUCAACUACCGCUCCACCAUAUGCCAUCAAUCUGGACCCUGCUGUUCGCUCCGUGCCAUUCGAUUCUAACAUCGACAUUCGGGAUUCGGUCAACUACAAGGAAGUGAUGAAACAGUACAACCUAGGACCGAACGGUGCUAUCCUGACAAGUCUCAACUUGUUCAGUACGAAAUGUGACCAAGUUAUGGGCAUCUUGGAGAAGCGUUGCCUGCCACAACCACAAGAGCCAUCCAAACCACUUCCAAGCCACAUCAUAGUCGACACGCCAGGUCAAAUCGAAGUUUUCGUGUGGUCUGCCUCUGGAAACAUAUUGCUCUCAUCUCUCGCAUCGAGUUUCCCCACCGUCCUGGCCUACAUAAUCGACACUCCACGUACCACCGAAAACACGAGUACUUUCAUGUCGAACAUGCUCUACGCCAUCAGCAUUCUCUACAAGACCAAACUCCCCAUGAUUCUGGUAUUUAACAAGACCGAUGUCAAAUCUGAAGAAGAAGCAGUCGACUGGAUGCGCGACUUUGAGAAGUUCCAACAAGCAGUCCAGGACGAAGAGGAAAAUCAGCGCGAGGGAGGUGGCUACAUGGGUCCUUUACUCAACAGCAUGUCUCUGGUGCUGGAAGAAUUCUACAACCAGCUUUCGGUUGUAGGCGUUUCUUCCAUGACGGGAGAUGGUGUGGAUGAAUUCUUCGUGGCAGUCGAGGCGAAGCGAGUCGAGUUUGAGAAAGACUAMAGGCCAGAACUUGAGCGGAGGAGAGCCGACGCCGAGGAGCAGAAGAGCCAAAUCCGCGAGCAGGAAGUGAGCAGGAUGAUGAGCGACAUGAAAGUCUCUUCCAAGGCGAAGGGAACUGGCAAGUAUGCCGCGCCCAAGGACGAACCGGAGACCAUCAGCGAUAUGGAAGACGCCGAGAACGAAUCGGAUGAGGACUACCAGGGCGAGGCUGCGGAGAAUAUGAACGAGGAGACGGAAGCAAACAACACUACUUUCGAGGAAGCGCUGAAGGCUAGGUAUGAAGAGGCGAUGAAAGAUGGUGGUGGUGCCGCUGCGGCACAAGCUGCUGMUGCCAGCUACAUCAGAAAUAGCCAGCGAUGA